CAGUUGCUGUUGUGCGGCUAGAAUUGACGGCAUUUUAGCAAAGUAUCACGAAAUAGUGUUGAAAAUGACGUGCGAAAAAAUAAAAUAAAAUAAAAUGAAAUAAACACUAAAAUAAAUUUAAAAAAUAACAACAACAAAUCUAAGAAAUAAAUAGCGACAAACAUAAUAACGCGGCGCGCUGAAAAGCGUUCAUAGCUGGCACAGUUGAAAAAAAAAACAACAAGGAACGAAAAAAAUGGGAGAAAUGAUAUUAUUUAGUAUUUUACAUAUUAAAAAUCGCGGCUACUUCUCAUAAUUUUCGGUGCUUGGUCGUGCGCGCGUACACAUACCGUUGACGGCGUUGGCAUUGGCCAAAUCGCUCGAACGGGCACGUUAUGUAAGCAGGAUUUUUUGGAUUUUUUCACAAACCGCAAAAAAUCGCAAUAAAAAAUUUUUGUGAAUGCAUGAUUUGCAACGGUGACAAAACUCAAAAGUUCGUGAUAGUGCAGGAAUGCGAGAAAAUUCCUAAAUUGAGAAGCGAUAACGAGCAACGAAACUAAAAAGUGCGUCAAAUCGCGAAAACAAUCUGCGGCAAUCCAUGUAAAAUAUCUUAUGAAUUUAACGCAAUAACGAAGUUUUUCUCCACAUUUGAACUAACGGUUAAUAACGGUGAUAGCCGCAUAAGUGCGCAACCAAAUGUAUAAUUGUUUGUGACUAAUAUGAAAAAUAUGGAAAGUGCAACAAAUAAAUUGUCAAUUAAAAUAGUAAUAACUUCAACGCAGGCGGUUUUGAUGUGAACAGCAACAACAACAAUAAACAAUUAAACUGCGUCGUUGGUCAACGUAAGCGUCAACGUCAGCAGAAGUGCUAUAAGCGUAAAAGGGAAGCAGAAGAAGAGGAAAAAGAAGAAGAAGAAGAAAAGAAAAAUUGCGAAAUAUACAUACAGACACACAUAUAAAGUGAAAGCACAAACACGGCACGCAUAAACAUUAAUCUAUAGACAUGUAUGUAUGUAUGCACAUACAUACAUACGUACGUACAUACAAGCAAAAUAAUGAAAUAAUAAAAUGGAUUUUCACCUUAAAACCGGCGAUAAAAGGAAUCAACUAAAUUAUCGAUCGAAAAUACUGUGAAAAGUUAAGUGAAAAGUGUAAUAGCGGAAAAGUAAAAAAAAAAAAAAAAACGAAUCAAAAUGUACGACAUUCAAACGACGCUGCAUAAAAUUGCUUUAACCCUCCAACAACAGCUCAAUGCUCUCACCACCAGCAACGAAGUCGCCUCUCACAGUACGUGUGAACGGGCAGAAUUCUACAAUUUCCCCACACCAACACAGGCGCAGGAUAUUUGUCAAUCAACAGACGCACCCAACUGGAAACAGCUACACGCUCUUUAUACGCGUUACUACACACUCCUUAUGCACCACAUGUGGCCCACUUUGCUGGUCGCACUGCAUCAAUGCCACGAUGUCUAUCAGAUAACCCAGCAAUACUACACCGAAUACAGCACACGUUUGGCUCAAUGGUCCACACUGCUCGCCAGUGAUCAGUUAUUUAUGUUCGCAAUCAAAUUUUGCCUGCUAUUGCUCUUCCUCUUUCUCAUGCAUUGGAUUAAAUCAGCGAAAGCGCCCGCAACUCCCACGGCAGCAGCAGCAGCAUCGACGGUGGCAGCGAUGCCGGCAAUCAAUUUACCGCUAAUCGUUACCGACGAUCGCAUUGAAGUAUUGGAAGUGAGCGCUGCGAGUGACAUGCUGUGCUCAGUCGAUGCGCCCAGAUCACCGGCGACAUCUAUUACGCCCACCGUGACGCGUGAAUUGGUUUGUGAUUUCAAUUUCGUUUCGCCGUCAGAGUUGCGCGCUGCACUCGAGGCCGCCAAUCAGCGGAUGCUUGAGAUAGAGGAAAAGCGUCGCCGCAAACGUAUAACCAAAAAACGGAAAUGCGUUUCGGCGGGUCCGAUAUUGAUUGCGAUACGAUCGAAGAAGACACAUAAGCAUAAAAAAAGACAAGAGCAGUUGGAAUUGAAGCAGCAGCAACUAUUGCAUCAACAACAAUUGGAAUUGUUAACACCAACAAAUGUAUCACCUGUACGUUCCACAUAUCUGUCAUCGCCAACAGAAGAUGAGAACUUUUUGCCAGUGCGCAUGAAGCCGUUGGCAGUGGGUGGAGCAGCUUACGAAAUCGAGGUGGACGCGGAAACAGAAGCAGAAAUUGUAUCUUUGAUGUGUGUUUCCGAGCCUCGUGGCACAAUGAGCACCACUGAAGAGAUUUAUCCUGAUUCACCGGAUAGCAGCCUGUAUGGUUCGGAUGAGGAGCAAGAGGAUCCAUCGCAAUAUUGCCGUGGCGGCUAUCAUCCAGUAAUUAUAGGCGAUAUAUUUGACAAUCGUUUUCGUGUUGUACGUAAACUUGGCUGGGGACACUUUUCCACCGUUUGGCUAUGCAGGGAUCUCAAAGAAGAGAAAUACGUCGCCCUGAAGGUGGUGAAGAGUGCACCGCAUUAUAUCGAAACCGCUGCCGAUGAGAUACGUCUUCUCGAAGCUAUACGUGAUGCAGAUCCGCUCGAUGUAAAACGUGAGCGUAUCGUACGACUGCUCAAUCACUUUACGAUACGCGGCGUUAAUGGCAAACACUAUUGUUUGGUUUUCGAGGCGCUCGGCUGUAGUUUAUACAAACUGAUCGUGAAGAAUAACUACCAGGGCUUAGCCAUCGGCCAGGUGCGCAACAUUAUCAAACAAGUGCUGGAGGGGCUAGAUUAUUUACAUACGAAAUGUAGCAUUAUUCAUACGGAUAUUAAACCAGAGAAUAUACUGUUGGUGAUCGAUAAUGAGUCGGUGGUGAAUCAACAAAUUGACGAUGAGAUUGCAAGCUUACGCGUGAAGGGCGCUGACUUUCCAGAUUCAUAUAUAAGUUCCAUCGAGAAGCAGGCGAAGAGUCUAAGUAAAUGGCCACUGAUCGAUACAAAUGCCUCAACAACAAAUAGCACGGGCACAGCUAAUAAUUCCUCCACAUCAUCCACACCGUUGCCAACUACAGCUGUGGCUGCACUCUCAAUGACCGGUGCAACAAUAACGGCACUUAACAAGGAUGAUACGAAUUCAACAUUAAAUACAAAUACAACUACAUCAUCGCUAGCAUCUAAAUAUUCAUCCAGUUUGAUAGGCGAAAAUGAUGGUGUAGGUGGCGGUCGUACAGGUACGGAUAGUCCUUCAAUAGGCGGCGGUUCGACAUAUGCGACAACGGGCAAUAUGAAUAAUCGUUAUCGAGCCGAGAAGAAAAUCACUGCCAAGUCGGUCGAUGGUGACGGCAAUAUUGGUGACACAACAACCACUAGAACAACAACAACAACAACAACAACUACCACCGAAGCGAUCAAUGGCAUCGAAAUAUUAAGUUUAUUAAGUACAAAAAGCGAAAAUCUCGACGUGAAUAAUGCGUCAUCUCAAAUUACUCAAAAUACCCAAGCACAAGCACCACAACAACAACAAAAACACCAACAACAUUUAAUAUCACCCACAUCACAAGCACUUUCACUAGCUUUACCAACACAAGCACAAUCACCAUCAAUACAAAAGCAACAACAACAAUCAACAUCACAAAAUAACAACGAAGAUGUUAAAAAUAGCAAAAAUGCCGAUACCGAAAAGACCCAGUCCUACACGAAUGCCAUACAAGCGUUGAUCAACAAUACGAAUGUGCGCGUUAAAAUUGCUGAUUUGGGAAAUGCCUGUUAUGAUUAUCAUCAUUUCACCGAAGACAUACAAACGCGACAAUAUCGUUCCAUAGAAGUAUUGCUUGGCGCACCAUACAAUUUCACGGCCGAUAUUUGGAGCACCGCUUGCCUCGCUUUCGAAUUAGCAACCGGUGAUUAUCUGUUCGAUCCACACGCUGGCGAAAAUUACUCACGCGAUGAGGAUCAUUUGGCGCACAUUAUUGAACUAUUGGGCACGAUACCGCCGUCCGUGAUAUUUCGUGGCAAGCAUGGACUCAAAUACUUUACUAGUUAUGGCAGCUUACGAAACAUCACGAAAUUGAAGCCAUGGAGUCUAUUAAACGUACUCAUCGAAAAAUAUGACUGGGAUCCCAUGGAGGCGAAAAAAUUCUCUGAUUUUUUACUACCGAUGCUUGAAUACAAUCCCGUUAUACGCGCCUCAGCGGCCGAAUGUCUAAAUCAUCCAUGGCUCGAGCAGGAAGAAUUCGUUUGAAAGGUAGUCAUCUUCGUUUCACUUGUUGACUGAUUGCUAAGCUGAAACGAACGAACGCAUACACGCACACGAAUGACGUUACAUAGUUACAUACAUGCAUAGAUGGGAGUAGAAAUGCAAACUAACGGCGAAGCUCAGCUGAAGACAGGGCCGAGAGAGAGACUUAAAGAUUCUCACAUUAUUACUUAAGCGUUAAGAAUUUACAUACAAUACAAAGAGAUAAAUUAAAAAUAAAAACUUAUAAAGUAGGCAUUAAAUAAUUUUUUAAUAUUUAAUGAUGAAGUAUAAAUGAAAAUAAAAUAAACUUAAAAGCGUAGCAUGCAAUAAUGAAGAGAAAUAAAAAUAUGACAACAACAACAAAAACAUUUGAGAUAACAGAAUUUAAGAAAAUGGUAAUGAAAUGGUGGAAAAAAGUAGGUGGUAAAAAAGUAUGUUUGUUAAAGUAAGUUUUCUAUGGGCGAAUAAAAAUUGAGUGUAACAUUAAUGGAAGUCUGAAGAAGAAAGUAUGAAGAAGGAAGUAUAAAGAAUAAAAAACACAUUUUAAAUAAAAGACAAUUGCAAAAUCCCUGUAGGAUACCCUAACGACUUAUAGCCAUACAUACAUACAUACACUCACAUACUUGCAUACAUAAACAUUUACAUGAAUUAUUAAAAAUAGCAUAAACUUCAAAGAAUUUUGGAAUCUGCAUAUGCCUAACUGACUGACUUAUUUUUCAUAAAAAACUUAAUAAAACUCGUAACUUAAUACAAAUAAAGGAUUAAAUAAACAGUAAAUAAAUAAAUAAUAUGAUGGGAAAGUAAUCAUUAGAACUAUUUCAAAAUAAGCAAAAUGUUUACAUAACCAAACAAAAAAUAUUUUAAAUUGAUGCAUAACAAAUGAGCAUUUCGCACAAUUCGUAAGUAAGAUUGGACAUCAGUAAGUAAAAAGGCUGGCAACUUUACAUUGUAAGCGCCAGUAAAAUUUUUAACAUUUGCAAAUUAAUUUCCAAAUUACAUAUUGACAUUUAACGAGAACAAAAUCACUGAAAAAUGGUCAACACUAAUAACUAGCGCUAAAAUAACUGAACAAUCCAAUAAAUUCAAGUUGAAGAAAAUCUGAAAUUUGUUCAUACAUACUCGUACAAACCGUAUACAUAUUGAAGUACGAGUAAUAUAAGCCAUACAGAAAAAUAAAAAUUAUAUUAUAAAUAGUCUCUUAGCUUAAACAAGGUAAAGCGAAUAACUGAUUUCGUGGGUGCAUGACACAAUUUUUCGAACCACUUUAAAAUAGAAAAACGAAACUACAAUACAAAACUGUAAAAAUUAUACAUGCAUACAUGCAUAAUGCAUAAGCCAGAAUAUGUAAUUCAUAGUUCAUAAAAAAAUUGUACCGUACAUAAUUAAUCUAAAAUGUAUCUCUGCCCUCAUGAAAUGGGAGCAAGCGCAUACACGAUGCUUCUUCUUGUUGUCCUUACCCAUAGAAAACGAUUGCAGUGCACAAUGCUAUUAAAGCUUAGCUAGUUGCUUUAAUUUGUUUUAGAAGUUCAAUAAAAAAGAAACCUCUUUUAUUGAUUUAGCACAAAAAAUAGAAAACAAAAAAUAGGCACAUAAACUCAUUUCAUUGCAAUUCAAACGUUUCAGUGCGAGAAAACCCUCAUUGAAGAGGUGUGUUCAGUGGCCGCUGCACUUAGUUCGUACAUUUGACAGCACUUCACCAAUGAAAAAGACGCGUUGUUAGUAGCCGAGCAUCCGCCGGAUACUUCGUAUAAUUUUCGUUGCUAUGAGUCGGUCUAAUCGAUCUAUGUAUAUUUAAAAAUCGUAUUUAAAAACAAGCGUAAGUACUUAUUAACUUGCGAAAAUGUGAUUUUAUUUUUAUAAAAUAGUUGUUGAAUGUUUUCAUUAUCAAGCAAUGAGUAUUUUUGGCUACAAAUAGCUAAAAGGCUAACGUGGCGUACUCGGCAUGCCAAUAUGGACGCCGAUGCAUGAAAACCCGAAGUCUAAAAUGCAGUGAGUUGUGAAAGUUCAGUUUAACUUGAACUUGUCUGAAUUAAAUUUGAAAUUUCAAGGUGUGCAAGUGAUGCCUAGUUAUGAGUGGAUUUGAUUGCCUUUAUUGGCAUACUUAGUAAUGGUUGGUUUUUUUUGCCUUUAUUGCACACUUGUCGAAGUUGGCAAUUGGUAUUGAAUAAAAAAUAUCUUGGGUCCGUUCGUAUGCAACUAAAGAUGCCACAUAGCAAAAAUAUGCAAACGUCACUCUUAAUUUGUUUUAUGAUUAUUUCUGUUAUGCU